CCCAAACCCAACACCAAUUCCCAACCCAUAACUUCCUCCAAUCCCUCCACCAUGGACUGCCUCAACGACUGGCCCGAACCCGUCGUUCGAGUCCAAUCCAUCUCCGAGAGCGGCACCGCCCUCAUCCCCUCCCGAUACAUUAAACCCGUGGCCGAACGACCGACCAUCGUCCCCGACACCGACACGGACACCGAACCCAUUCCGGUCAUCGACCUCAGCUCAAACAUGGCUUCAGCUGUCUCGAAGGCAUGCCGAGAAUGGGGAUUCUUCCAGGCGGUGAACCAUGGAGUCAGCCCGGCGUUGAUGCGCCGCACGCACGAGUUGUGGCGAGAGUUCUUUCAUCUUCCUAUGGAAGCAAAACAAGCUUAUGCUAAUUCCCCAAAGACUUAUGAGGGCUAUGGCAGCAGGCUGGGGAUGGAGAAAGAGGCCAUUCUCGACUGGGGAGACUACUAUUUCCUCCAUCUCUUCCCAUUGUGUCUCAAAAACCAUGAUAAGUGGCCCUCUCUCCCACCUUCACUCAGGGAGACGGUGGAGGAGUAUGGGAGGGAGCUGGUGAAGCUUUGCGAGAGAAUGCUGGGCCUGCUGUCGGCGGGGUUGGGGGUGGCGGAUGGAGCGUUGCAGAGGAGAUUUGGCGGCGAGGAAGCAGGGGCGUGUAUGCGGGUGAAUUACUAUCCCAAGUGCCCGCAACCGGAGCUUGCGCUGGGGCUGUCGUCGCACUCGGAUCCCGGCGGCAUAACGGUUCUGUUGCCGGAUAAUGAGGUGACGGGGCUGCAGGUCCGGCGCCGGAGCGGAUGGGUCACGGUGCACCCGCUCGCCGAUGCUUUCAUAGUCAACGUCGGCGACCAGGUCCAGGUUAUGAGCAAUGCUACUUAUCGAAGUGUGGAGCAUCGAGUGGUGGUGAACUCAAAGAUAGAGCGAUUGUCAAUCGCUUUUUUCUACAAUCCACGCAGUGAUAUGCCAGUGGAGUCCAUUCCAGAGCUAGUGGGCCCGAAUCAUCCCGCUCUGUACCAGCCCAUGACAUUCGAUGAGUACCGAUUGUAUAUUCGAAAACACGGGCCGCGUGGCAAAUCUCAAGUUGAAUCUUUAAAAGCCAUUGGUUAAUUCCUCUCCAUGGGGAUGA